AUGGAAGUCAACGUCGACAUCGAAGGCAGUCCCGCCACCUUUGAAUUGGACAAGAUCGCACCCACUGUGGCCAUCGGCGCCCCCUUGACACCGGUCGAGUCGGACCCCUACGGCACGCGACCGGCGUGUUUCAGCAGCCUUCUUCAAGAAUGUCUGUUUGUGCUCACGACAACCGUUGCGGUCGGGCAAAGCUCCAUCUUCACGGGAGCGAUUCUCUGCAUGACCAACUACAUCGCGUCGGACCUGGACAUGACGGCGGCGGAAGUAACAUGGAUCAACGCCGCGCAGACUCUGGCGGCGGGCACGUUCCUGCUCUUCUUCGGGCGGGUGGCGGAUCUGUUUGGGCGGCGGGCGUUGUUUCUGGCCAGCCUGGCCUUUUUCAGCGCGUGUCUGCUCAUCGCGGGGUUCGCUACAAACGCCAUCUACAUGGACGUCUUCUGCGGCCUGCUUGGGCUCAGCUCGGCGGCCUCGGUGCCGCCGGCGAUCGGCAAACUCGGCGCCGUGUACGACAAACCGUCCCGACGCAAGAAUCGUGCGUUCGCCUGCUUCAGCGCCGGCAACCCUGUCGGCAUGGUGCUGGGUGCGUUCAUCUCGGGCGUGGCGAUGCAGAUCUCGACGUGGCGGGCAGCGUUUUGGACCAUGUCGGUCAUCUAUGCUUUCUUCACGCUCGCCGCGUGGUGGACCACGCCGCCAGACAGUGAACAGAGUCUGGGAGGAUUGAACAUGCAGACGUUCGUCAAGUUCGAUCUGCUGGGCGCGCUGCUCGCCGUGGCUGGGAUUGCCAUGUUCACGGCAUCCAUGACGCUGGCGGGCGACGCCCCGGAGGGCUGGAAGACCCCAUACGUGAUUGCAUUGUUGGUGGUGGGACUGGUGUUGAUUGCCGGGUUCAUCUACUGGCAGAGUGUCUUUCGGUACCCGUUGAUGCCCCUGAAGGUCUGGAACGACCGGAACUUCACGCUGGUCGUGGUGGUGCUGUGUUUGGGCUUCUACGGAUUUGCCGGCAACCUGUUCUGGCUCACCCUGAUGUGGCAGCGGAUCGACGGAUUGUCACCCCUGAUGAAUGCCGUCCAUCUUCUCCCUGCUGGCAUCGGCGGUGUCUUGGUCAAUGUCAUGGCGGCGGUGAUCAUGCAUCGCAUCAGCAAUAAGGUCAUUAUGGUGGUCGGGGCGGUCAGUUCGGCGAUUGCCUGUGCCUUGUUCAGUGCCAUGUUCACGUCGAUCUCCUACUGGGCUCUGGCUUUUCCCGCCUUGUUGUUCAGCGUGCUGUCGCAGGACCUGGAGUUUACCGUCACAAACAUGUAUGUCAUGUCCAGUCUUCCUCGAGACCAACAGUCUGUGGCGGGAGGUCUGUUCAAUACCGUCACCCGGCUCAGUGUGACCGUGGGGUUGGGGGUCCAGACAAGCGUGUUCAAUGGUGCUGGCGGAGCUGUGCAGGGCAGAGGGGCAGUCUUGUACAGACCAUAUCAAGCCACUUUCUGGGUGUCGUUGGUAGGAUCCGUUCUGGCGCUGUUUUUGGUGCCUUUUCUCACCAUCGGCCGGCAGGGAGGUGGGCAUAAAAAGGGGUUGAACAGGUCGCAGAGACAUCAGGAUUGA